AUGGUCAAUAACAAGCCCGCCCAAAGUCAGACAUCAGUAUCCAAGUCUCCAUCGGCGCUGAUGCUGGUGGUAUGUAUUGCGGGCAUAUAUGGUUCGUUCCUUUCCUGGUCGUACCUCCAGGAAAAAAUCUCUUCCAAGAACUACUCGUCUGACGGUGAAGCCUAUUUCAAAGCACCACUGAUUAUCAACAGUGUGCAGGCGUUUUUUGCAAUGAUCGUGGGAACAGUGUAUAUGUCGGUUAAAUCACGGAGAUUGGAAACACCUUUUCACUUCCUCUUUCGAGACGCAGAGCUGUUACGGAAUUUUGUGCUCAUAGCAUUGAGUCAAGCUGUUUCUUCGCCAAUUGCCUAUCAAUCGCUCAACCACCUGGACUAUCUGUUCUACUUGCUUGCCAAAUCAUGCAAAUUAAUACCUGUCAUGCUGGUCCACCGACUUCUAUACAACUCCAAAUUCCCCCCCUACAAGUAUGUGGUGGCAGGUCUGGUGACUUUUGGCGUCGUGGUGUUUUCCAUCAGUAAUGAGACGAAAUCCACCAGCAAUGACGUUCGAAAGAAUCACCGGAGCUCAUCUCAUGGCCGGCCUGAACUUGCUCAACGUGGUCUUCACAUCCACAUACACAGUCUUAUUUACGCGACAGCUGAGCUAUUUCAAGCAGUUCAUGGCCAACAAUGGGUGGGAAGUGGCGCAGGAUAUCCUAAUGUUCGGGUUGCUGGGAUCUCUUGGCCAAAUCUUCAUUUUCUUAACGUUGGAGAACUUUGGCUCUCUGCUACUAGUCACAGUCACAGUGACGCGCAAGAUGUUUUCGAUGUGUCUCAGCGUGUUUCUUUUUGGCCACAAAUUGAACGCGAGCCAGUGGUUCGGCCUCUUGACCGUCUUUGUGGGGAUAUUCCUGGAAUCUUUCUACAAGAUGUUCGCGCAUCGGAAGAAAAUAGAUUAGACGUAGUAUAUUAA